AUGGCUGAACAUGUCGCUGCAAAAGGCAGUCUUACUGAUUCUUUGAGGAAUCUGGAUUUAUCUGUUGGCCCUUCAUAUCAAGAUCAACAACUGGAUGGAGGUAAACGAUUAUUUCGAGUGUUAACAAGGAAUACCAUGUUUUAGGAUCAGAAUCGGCGGAAGGGGGAGUAUACAUUGCUCCAGACUUGAAUCGACCUGUGGAAUCACUUGGAGUUCCAUUUGCCAAUCAUGUGCGCACGGUAGGGCGAGCAAGUCGUCUCAGCUCUGAGCCGUUUAUGUAUCUCAUGGAUUCUCUCAGCAUCCGCAUGGUCAAGACCUUUGCUGUAGGUGUUCGUCUCAGUUUUAACUGUGUUUAUAGAUGGCAAGCCCGUAUUACUUACAUGCCGUCCAGAGGUACUUCGCUGACUUUCGGUGUUUGAACGUAAACCUCAAUUUGAAGAAGUAUUGUUUGAGCAAGAAGGAUCCGUGUAACUGCGUGGACCGGAUGUGUGGAGACAGAGUCAUUCGGAAAGUGAAGACAUGGGUAGAUUUUUUUCAUGCUGGGAUCGUGCAUGUUGAUUUUGUUUACAUCAAAGCAACCAAAGAAAUCCUGCAGAAACAUCAUUUUAGGGCUGUGGAGAAGUUAAUGAAGGAGGUCUCGGGUAAGUUUUGCGAUUUAUUACUAGGCGCGACAUAAAGUCCGUAGAAUUUUGCACAAUGCAUUCAACCCUUUUUUUCGCACGCACCGUGGCGAUUCCCCGUUUUUGCACUAGCGACAUGCACUUUUCGGCGAUUGCACCCGCGACGUUGGCGAAAAAAAUUCUACGGACUUUAUGGCGCGACUAGUGUACACUUGAACUGCGAUUUUACCUUAUAUUUUUACAUUACUUUAGGCGUCAAAAAGAUUUUUCUUGAACUGAGCCAGAAUAAUGCUCCUGAAUUGGCCAGAAUUGUUCAUGAUUUGUGCGAGAAAUCACAAAGAGACGACCUGUUCGUCUAUGUGAAGGAUGCAAGCAUCGACAACUUCACAAUGAAUAUUCCUCCCUUCUUUCCCGCCUACACUAACCGUCUCGUCUUUACGAAUGACGGAUUCCCUGAACUCAGGUGUGGAGAAUGUAAAAAGUUCCUGGUUGGCAAUGAUUUGCAUCAAUACGAGAGAGAUGCGGGCAGAAAGCGCAGGUCUUUUCGUAUUUCAAGGGUCGUUGAUGAGAUGAUUGACGACUGGAUGCAUGAAGUUAUCUUUGAUGACAUUGUUGUACAUAAUGACCCCAGGGAAUUUUGGCUUGAAGAUGAAGAGGAAAUGGAUUUGUUUUAG